AUGCAGCCAGAAGAGCUUCAAUCAUUUCUUGAACAUGACUUUCAUCAAGCUGGAUUAUAUAGUCCGAAAAUGGCUUCUUCUCCUUGUGAUGUACAUGACUUCUACUCCUCUAUCACCUCCCCAGAGAACUCCAUGAUCUCCUCAGAAUCGUACUUUCAGACCAUGUCCUCUUGCAACUUUAGCACUUUAUCUAAUUUGGAUGACGAUAUGCAAGUAUUGGUUCCUAUCGAGAAUAUUUCGCAACAUGUCCUAGGGAUUGAAGGUAUUUCAGGCAAUGAACUUGAAGAUGUAUUGAAAUGGUGGGGUGAAAGUGAAGAAAUGGACAAUAUUUCCUCAGAAGGUACUUCCAUGGACAACGUAGGUGUCUUUGGUAGUCCAUUUAUAAAAUCCAGUGACACCACAAUGAUGUUAAUGCCACCCGAUGACAUGGAAGUUGAAGUUGAAGGUGAAACAAGCCUUUAUCAUCUACUCAAUGCUUAUGGAGAAGCUGUGGAGAUGAGACAAAGAGAACUAGCAAACGUGAUUAUUGGAUGCAUAAACGAGAAAGCUAGCCCACUUGGUGGAUCCAUGGAACGUGUUGCAUUCAACCUUUUUCAUUCGGGAACUCAAGCCAAUUCAGCUAUUCUUGAAGCAAUCAUGAGCAAUUCACGGAAGAUACACAUCAUAGAUUUUGACAUGGGUGAGGGUGUUCAGUGGUCUGCAAUGUUCGAGGCUAUUGGAAAGCUAGGAAAAGACACUAAGUUGACAUCCAUUAGAACUAAAGAGCAAAGUCACAGUUUUGAGGAGACAAAAAUUCGGCUUCUGAAUUGUGCAAGUGCUUCCAAGUUAAAGUUAAAGGUCCAAGAGAUGACGAUUGAGGAUUUGAUGAAAGAGAUUGAAGGAUCACAAGAGUAUGAAUUCUUGGCCUUCAAUUGUAUGGUUGGACUACCACACAUGGGAAGGACAAGGAAUAGAUGUGAAGUGAUGGAGUUUCAAAGGGUGGCAAAACAACUAUUAUUGAUGAGGGAAGGAAUUAUAAUCUUUGGUGAUGGAGAAGAUGUUGAAAGAACAAAAUAUUGUGGCAAUUACAGUUCAUUCUUCGGUAAAUACUUAACGCAUUAUCAUGCGCUCUAUGAGUCAAUGGAACAAAACUUUCCAGAGAACCUUACAGAAGCAAGAAUAGCCAUGGAGUCGCUUUUCGUUGCACCAUAUGUUUCAUCUCUCUCUUGGCAUCAAAAGUGGGAGAAUAUCAGGGAAGAAGGUGAAUUCAAAGAAAAUCUUGGGUUAAUGGGGUGGAGGCUGAGCAAAGAGAGUGUGGUUGAAGCUAAAGAAAUGGUAAAGGAAAGUCAGAGUUCAUAUAAUAUUAGGGUUGAAGGAAAAAAUGGGAAUGAAAUGGUCUUGGAAUGGAGAGGAACUCCAUUGGUAAGAGUUUCUUGUUGGAGAUAUAAAAGAUAA